UAUAUAUAUGCGUUUCCUACUGUGUGGAAGAUGAAAAAAUUUAAAGACCAUCAGAUUGAAGGGGUAGAGUGGAUGUGGGAGAGAGUUAGGAAUCGGAAGGGCGUUGUAUUGAGUGAUGAAAUGGGGACAGGGAAGACCCUUCAGUCUUUGGAGAUAAUUCAGAGAGUCUGGAACUCCAUUGGAAAGUCAGUUCUUAUUGUCGCACCGUGCACCCUCCUGCACAACUGGGAGAAGGAAAUGGAGAAGUUUCAGUUUCCAAUUCCUGCCCGAAUUGUUAGAUCUAGUGACACGAAUGGGGUGCAAUUAGUUAAUGCAGCAGACGGAGAAUAUAUUCUAAUAGUGAAUUAUGAGCUGCUUCAGAAGAAGAAGAGUGUAUUCCUGCAGACAUUCUUUGAUUUGGUUGUAUUUGAUGAAGCACAAAGGAUAAAGAACCAUACGACAUGGGUCUCCAGGAUAUCCAGAACUAUUGAUGCAAUGUGCAAGAUAUGCGUCACAGGUACGCCUAUACAGAAUAGUCUGUCAGAACUAUGGAGCAUAGCAGAGACUGUGAGACCUGGGUACUUUGGGGACUAUACCACGUUCAAGGCUGAAAUAGAAGACCCCUUGAAGAAGAGCACACUGAAGCACGCGACUGAAUUGGAGAAAAGGAAAGGGGCUUCAAUUAAGAAGCACAUUAAUGAGCUUAUUGCGGAUGUAGUAAUAAGAAGAACGAAGAAGGAAAUAUUCAAUGAGGAGUUUAAGAAAAGGGAAGGACUAUUUGUCCCAAAGAGAAAGGAGUAUGUGAUAUACUGCGGAUUCACAGAGGAGCAGGAGGCUGUAUAUAAUGACGUGCUGAAUAUGGACCUAGUUAAGAGCACUGUUCUUGGCAGGAAAUCUCCUUUGAAGAGCAUAUCACACCUGAAGAGCGUAUGCAGCCAUCCAUCGCUUGUGGAUAAAAGAGUAACCAGCUGGCAUGCAAGUGGAAAGAUGAAAGUGGUCCAUAGAUUGCUGUUUAUGUGGAGGUCUUCAAAUAGAAAGAUCAUUCUGUUUAGUCAGUACAAGAACACGCUUAAGAUUCUUGAAAGAUUCAUAGACACGCAUGUAUAUAGGAUUGACGGGGACAGUCCAAUAGGCAAGAGAGAAGAAAUAUUUAAAAUAUUUGGAAGUAAAGACGGGAUGGAGGUGCUUUUAAUGAGCAUGAAGGUGGGGGGCGUUGGAGUGAAUUUGCAGAAGAGUGAUACUGUGAUUCUAUUUGACAUUGACUGGAACCCAUUUAAUGAGGAGCAAGCUAAAGGAAGGGCACACAGAAUAGGACAGGAGAAAGAAGUGGAAGUGUACAGAUUACUGUGCAAAGGCACAAUUGAAGAGACCAUACAGAUGAUACAAGAUGUGAAAAGAACUAUUUCGAAGGGGGUUCUGGACGGGAUAAGCUCGAAGAAAGUCUUUGAUAAGGUGGAUCUGUGCAAACUAUUCCAUUACUCACACGACCCAACUGAUGUUACAGAUAUAGAUAAUCUUGUCCCAACGGAAGAGACUGACCUAUAG